CCUGCUUUGAGUUUAUAGUCUAUGCUAACCAUUUGCUUCGUUUUGCCGCUUGCCGGUACCGUCUUUCCUGUUACGGUCGUUGACCGAACUCUACACGUCCGGAGCUUCAAUGUACUUUGCCGCCUUCAUGAAUUAUAAACGCUUUUAACUGUAGGGAUACUUCCAUUUUCGGAUCUUAUGCAACUGCAGAAGUCAGCGGGGCCUACUUAGUGCUUUUUUCUUAUGUAGCUGAUGCGUGUGUCCGCUGCUUAUAGCUCCGAAGCUGAAUAAACAAUCAACGGUGCCGAUUUCACGAACGCGAUUUUGUUGCUUUAGUGCCUAUCGCCAUCGCGUGCCUGGCACGCACGUGAGGACACAACGUUAGCCACAGCCCCGAAGUCGCGGCCAGGCAGGUGACCCUGCUGCAUCCGCUCAAACUGCGGCGGCAAAACCCGGGCCAGCGGUCCCUUGGCGGGGAUGCGCUUGGCCCGAUCCUCGAUGGUGACGAAUACGGACAGCCGACAAUUCUCUGCGCAACCUCUGAAAUGCCGCCACGGGUGCCCAGGCGGCAGAGCUUGGUUCGGUCGGGAUCGGGCAUAGUUCCCCAGCUUUUUUGUCGGUUGACAGCAUCAGCCAUGUCGCGAUACAUGCUAUACCUUGUUCUAUUACUGGUGGGCUAUUUGGUUGGCACAACUAAUCGACCGCCGUGGAGCAUCCGCUCCCAUCUAGGGUUGGCUUCAUAUGCAGUCUCAACCUCAGCCAUGGACCUGACUGGGAUGGCCAGCGGUGAAGGGUCAGGAGCGGCGCCGGCAAAUAAGCCUAUGCUAAGCCGCUCGUCUAAGCUUGGCGCCUUGCAAGCACGGCGCAUGACCGGCUCUCGGUCGGCAAAAGCGGACAAGGAGACAUUUCAUACAGCGACAGCCCAACCGAACGCAACCUUACUAGGAUACCCCUGGACGCCCGCGAAUCGCACCAUACGGUUCCAAGUUUGCAACGGCUUCGCCAAUCAGCGGCUAUCCAUAAUGUACGGCAUCCUUCUUGCACGGCGGUUAAACCGCUCCGCCGUACUCCCAGUCCUCAUCGACAACGGCUUACAACGUUCGGACGCCGCUGUGCUAGUUAACGCCGAUAACCAAGUCCCCUUCUCCUCAAUGUACGACGUACGACACUUCAUAACUACCAUGCGUCGUACAGGUGUUCGAAUUCUUGUUCCGGAACCCGAACUACAACAACUUCUAAUAUCUCCCUCCACUUCUGCUUUCGAGCAACAGCAACAGCAAAAUCACAACCAAGAUCUCAAGGUUACCACCGACCCAAAUCAAAAUACUCACUUACAAUAUGAAGCCGCGCCGCCCGAUUCAGUGUACGACAGCAAGUACGGCAACCACGUGGGUCUAGCGCAGUACGGCUGGGACGCCGCGACCCCCCUGGCAGCGCAGUACGAUGCCGUACCGCAUCUUUCCGUGGACUGCCCGCUGUUCAAGAUGCCCGGGUGGGGCCUCAGCGAGGCCGAGGUGGAGCUGAUCUGGGCCGUGCUGGGGGCCCUGAGGCCGAAUGCGGAGGCCUCGGCUCUGGUGGACCAGAUCGUGGCUUCCAUCACGGCUGCCUCACCCGCAGGAGCCGCGGAGGGGGGCCAGCAGCAACAGGCAGGAGCUGGGGCAGGGGCGGGAUCCGCAUCCGCCGGUGGCACUGACAGCAGCAGCGGCAGUGGUGGCAGUAGCGGCGGCAGCGGCGGGGGUUUCAGCUUCCUGCACCUGCGUAUUGAAAAUGACUGGGUGGAACAUUGCAAGCGCUGGGAGUCGCUACAAGACGGAGUCGUCCGCGACAACUGCUACAACCACACGGACGACAUCGGCACUCGACUGAGGCUGUUCGGACUGCCCGCAGCAGCACCCGCCUCCGCCUCCUCCGCCUCUGGUGGCACCUUUUCCAACUCCUCCUCUCACGCCUCCUCUUCCGUUGCUUCCGACUCCGAUUUCUUUCCCAGUCCUGUCCCCUCCCCAGUCGUGCCCCCGCAGCCGCUCUACGUCGCGUCCUACUGGCCCGAUACAGACCCGACGCGCAGGGAAAAGGCUCUCUCCCAGCUGGCAGCCGCGGGCUACCGAGUGGUCACCAGCGCGGAUGUGGGGCUGCGGGCGGAGGGGAAGGCGGGGAAGGCGGGAAGCGGCAACAGCAGUGACAAUGCUGGCGGCAGCAGCGGUAGCAAUGCUGGCGGCGGGGAUCCAGUGGCGCGGGCGGGCGGUCGGGAGUUCGCGGCGCUGGUGGAGUACUUUGUGGGCUUGCGGGCGGAGCGCUUCAUUGGCAACAGCGUCUCCACCUUCGCCGCCCUCGGCCUGCUGGAGCGCCGCCGCGCGGGCCUCUGGGCCGCCUACUACAAUGGGGGCAACAUCCCGCUGUCCUCGCUGCUGCCGGCGCUGCACCGGCUGCCCUGGGUGUUCACCUACAGCAGCUGGGGGGACGGCAGCUACGAUUACAUGCUCAAGGCGGCCGUGCGCUCCGCCCUCGCCACCCGCUCGCUGGUCCCGUACUGCGUCUUCAGCGGCGACCUGUCCAGCCCCAUCGCCUCCUGGCUGGCGGAGCAGGGCGUCACGCUGCUGCACCACUCGCCAGCUUGGCGGGACAAGCUGGUGGCACUGGCCAAGAGCAAGGCAAAGACCAACGUGCACCACUCGCAUCUGUUCAAGUCCCCCGACGCGCUGGUGUCCACAUUUCAGCGCGUGGACCUGCCUGUCGUACCGGGGCUCAUGCAGUACACGUAUGUGUUGUACACGGAUGCUGACGUGUAUUUCAGACAGCCAGUACGAAUGGGCGACUUUGGCCUGCCGCUGCCCCGCUCCCUGUCCAUGUCGUACGAGUUCCUCGAGUCCUUCCCCUACAACGCGGGCGUGUUUCUGGCGCACCUGCCCGCCAUGCGCUCCGCCUACCCCGCCUUCAUGCGCAUGCUGCUGGGCAACGACGAGGGACUCUACUUCACCAACUACGGACCUGCGGACCAGGGGGCGCUCAACAAGUUCUACGAGGCCGACCUGCGCGCUCAGCUGCUGCCCCAGCGCUUCAACGCCAAGCCCUACCGCGCUGUCGACCCUGGGGCCGCCAUCCUGCACUUCCACGGCCCCAAGCCGCACGACCUGCUGCGCUAUCUGGAUAGCGGCGCCUGCGACUUCUUCACGCUGUGCGAGUCGGUGUUUCUGAGCGGUGGAUGCGCCUACGGCCGCGAGUGGUCGGGGUGGGUGCCGGAGGAGGCGACGGCGGUGCGGCUGAGGGAUGUGUGCGACUGGCUGGAUACACCGGGGGCGGUGGAGGUGUUUAAGAAGAAGUGGGGCCUGACGGGGGCGACCAACAGCGGUAGCAACAGUGCCCAAGAAACAAACGCGACGACGCCGACCAUGACGCAGCAGCAGCAGCAGGUGCAGCAACAGCAGCAGGGGGUUGCUGGUGGUGCUGGUGGCGGUGGUAGUGGCGCCAGCAGCAGCAGCAGCGGACAGGGUGUACCGGUACCGGUAGCAGGGGGAGGAGGAGGUGGC